UAUUACAAGAAAAGAUGUAGAGGAGGCGAAGCAAGUGCCACCUCUCCAGACUCCAACCUAAAGCAAACACGGUCAUCAGUCAUCGCUUCCCGCUGCCUCAUAAGCGCACAGAGACGGGGGAGUGAGAAAGCAUGGAACCUUUAGCCAUAAGCAAAAAUUGCUGCAAUUUCUGUCUUCCCUAUUACCAUCAUCAAACUGCAAAUCAAAUUUCAGAUUUCAAAAUUGGGUCACCUCUCCAACGGUUAGUUUUACUCCCCAACAAUCCAAUUCAUCAAUCUUCAAAGAGAAGUAGUAGCAGUUUUAGUUUCACAACGAAAAGGGUAAACUUUAAAUCCAUCGUAGCUUAUUCUGGAGAGAAAAAUCUUACAACCGGCGACUCUCCGGCGAAGGAGCUUCGCCGGAUUCUCGAUUCUCCGGGAGUUCACCAAGGCCCGGCUUGUUUCGAUGCUCUCAGUGCAAAGCUUGUUGAAAGAGCUGGUUUUGAUUUGUGCUUUACAAGUGGAUUUGGAAUAUCAGCUGCUCGGUUGGGGUUGCCAGAUACAGGACUCAUUUCUUAUGGAGAAAUGGUAGAUCAAGGGCAACAAAUUACCCAAGCUGUGUCCAUUCCUGUCAUUGGGGAUGGUGAUAAUGGAUAUGGUAACGCUAUGAAUGUUAAGAGAACUGUCAAAGGAUAUAUAAGAGCUGGCUUUGCAGGAAUUAUUCUUGAAGAUCAGGUAUCUCCCAAAGCAUGUGGUCAUAUGCAUGGGAGGAAAGUAGUGUCUAGAGAGGAAGCAGUGAUGAGGAUAAAAGCAGCUGUUGAUGCUCGAAAAGAGAGUGGCUCGGACAUUGUUAUUGUGGCGCGAACUGAUUCUCGUCAAGCGGUGUCAUUUGAUGAAUCACUCUGGAGAUCACGGGCCCUUGCUGAUGCUGGAGCAGAUGUUCUUUUCAUCGAUGCACUUGCUUCAAGAGAGGAAAUGAAGGCCUUCUGUGAAAUUUAUCCUUUAGUUCCAAAAAUGGCUAAUAUGCUUGAAGGAGGAGGGAAAACACCAAUACUUAAUCCAAUUGAACUAGAGGAUGUUGGAUAUAAAAUUGUGGCAUAUCCCCUUUCCUUGAUGGGGGUUUCUAUACGUGCAAUGCAGGAUGCACUAAUGGCCAUUAGAGGGGGUCGUAUACCUCCUCCUGGAAGCAUGCCAUCUUUUGAAGAAAUUAAAGAAUUAUUAGGUUUCAACACUUACUAUGAGGAAGAGAAGCAGUAUGCCACUAGCACCCGUCAACUUUCUUCGCAGAGAGGAUAUGUUUCAGAAAGCAGCAAUGCAUAUAGUAUUCAACAGAGGGAUCAAGAUGAUACAGAGCAGAGAGGACAAAGUCCACAAGCUCCUGUGGUUGAAGUGAUAACUCCUGAUGUGUACAAUAACUAUGAUGCAGAUGGUUCAAGGGGUUCUUUUUCAGGGAUCUGGUCUCGGUCAUUGAGAGUCAAAAUUACUGGCAGAGAUGGAUUUGAAAAACUUGAUGUUCGGAUUCCUGCUGGAUUUUUGGAAGGAAUUACAAAUAUAGUUCCAGCAUUGGGAGGUGUAAACAUCAAGGAAUUGUUGGAUGAUGCGGCUUUAGAAGCGGGAGGAAAGCAGUUGUUAGAUUUUAAUGACACAAUCGGUGACAGGAUUCAAGUCUUCUUGGAGUAAAUAAAUUCCAUUUGAUCUCCAAAGUCGAUACCGCGAUAAUUGUAAUUGUUUUAAGUGAAAUAAGAAGUUUUUUAUAUCAAUGCAAACAGUGUAUAUGAAAGGGAGACCUGAAGAAAUUAUCAAAAAGAGCAAUUCUUGUGUGAAAAUUUCAUAGCUCUUCUUGAAACAAAACAUGCAUUAAAAGAAUAAACUACUACAAAGGUUAUUUUAGUAA